GGCCCGCGGGCCGCACACGGCCCGCAUUAUCUUUAAAUACGGCCCGCAGGACCAUAUCAGUAUGAUCGCUGAAAAAUGAAAAGACUGCUGUUAAUUCUCCAACCAGGAGAGGGCGCUUGUUUCUGCCGGUCACUAAUUAACCGUAGUAGGAGAUGUGCGCUAUUGAGAACGUUCACCAAAAUGAGUAAAAAGAAAAGAAAAAUUGACAGUGAAAACCGUGUUUUCCAGGCAAGAUGGGAAACAGAUUAUCUUUUUACCGAGUUUAAGGGGGCACCCAUGUGUUUGGUGUGCUUGGAAACGAAAUCGGUUAUGAAGGAUUUCAAUUUAAAUCGGCAUUACGCAACUGCUCACAAAGAAAAAUACGAAAGAUACACCGGUGAUGCAAGAACUGCUCUCAUUUCAGAUUUAAAAGGUAAAAUACAUCGUCAGCAAAACCUUUUCACUAAAUGCAUGACGGUUCAAGAAUCAUCAUUGAAGGCAUCUUAUGCGGUUUCACUCGUGCUUGCGAAAGCGAAAAAGCCGUUAUCAGAGUGCGAAACUGUAAAACAGUGCGCGAUUGAGAUGGCCAAAGCAUUUGGAGACGAGAAAAUGGCCAAGAACUUUGAAUCGGUGUCUUUGUCCCGCCGAACGGUAACACGACGAAUUUCUGACAUACAGUGUCAAAUCCAAGAAAAGCUAAAACAGGAAAUAGAAAAUUGCAAAUACUUUUCCCUCGCGCUGGAUGAAAGCACGGAUGUGACGGAUGUCAGUCAGCUCCUAAUCUUUGCAAGAACGAUCACCGAAAAAUUUGAUGUACACGAGGAGCUGUUAAAGUUGGUAUCAUUACAUGGCACUACAAAGGGAGAGGAUAUUUUUAAAUCUGUUGAAAUUGCGGUGAAUGAGCAUGGAGGCUUUGCUAAACUAUCUGCUGUUGUUACUGAUGGAGCACCAGCAAUGCAAGGAAAAAAGUCCGGAUUCGCUGGGUUACUUAAGAAAAAUGGUGUUAACUGUCCUGUACUGCACUGCAUAAUACACCAGGAGGCCCUGUGUGCGAAGAUUCUUGACUUCAGUCACGUCAUGAAUGUAGUGACAAAAGUCACUAAUCUUAUUCGAGGUGGAAACAGGGCACUCAAUCACAGGAAGUUUACGGCCUUUUUGGAUGAAGUCAGUGCUACUUAUGGGGAUUUACUGAUGCACACAGACAUCAGAUGGAUGAGUCGUGGAAAGUGUCUGGAAAGAUUCUUUGCGCUGCGGACCGAAGUCCCUGUGUUUCUGGAGGACAGUAUCAAAUCGGACACUAGCGCUUACUGCAGCAAUCUACGGGAUCCAGAAUUUCUUUGCGAUCUCGCGUUCCUCACAGAUAUGACUGCGCAUCUGAAUAAUCUGAACACACAGUUACAAGGACGGUCUCAGGCUGUUUCAGAUCUCUACGGUCAUUUGACUGCUUUCAAGCGUAAACUCAUCCUUUUUCACGACGGAUUUUCGUCUGAUCCGGUAAAUUUGACACACUUUUCUGCCUGCGAGGAGAUGCGCAAAGAUACUCCCGAAUGCGAGAUGUUUUUUGCAAAGUACAAAAAAGACAUCGAAAGUCUACAAGAGCAAUUCAGAAUUCGCUUCCAGGACUUUCACGCCAUGCAGCAUCGCAUAGACCUCUUCGCAGACCCUCUGAACGCAGCUGUCAGUGAGCAGCCUGGUGAGAUGCAGCUAGAACUCUGCGAACUUCAGUCCGACCCCUUCUUCCAGGCAAGGCGCAAUGAAAGAGGACUUGAAUUUUGGAAACUGCUACCUGAGUCCCGUUUCCCCCUCCUCAGAGAUUUUGCACUGUUUAUGCUCAGUAUGUUUGGCAGCACUUACAUCUGUGAAAGUAGUUUCUCAACAAUGAAGCACAUUAAAUCAAAAGACAGAAACAGACUGACAGAUGACCAUCUCUUUCAGCUACUGCAGGUUGGCUGUACAAACUUUCAGAUUGACAUUGAUUCAAUUGUGCACCAGCAGGAGAAGCCACAGGUAUCUCAUUAAGACUAUUUGGCAUUAGGAAUGUUGUCAUGAAAUGAUCUAUAAAUUAAUGUGUUUGGAGAAAUGUAUGCACUGAAUUGUUUUUAUAUUCAGUAUUUUAUUACUAUUUUAAUUUAUUUUUAUAGGGAUUUAAUAACUAAUUUUUUCCCAGUUAAUAACUGUUUUAUAUAGCACUUUUAACUGUUCUCAGAGGGUAGUUUAAAAAUGUUCUCUUGGCUACUAAUCAAAAACAGUGUUUUUGUACCUUGGUUGAAAUGCAUACAUUUGUUUUUAUUUAAAAAGUUGGCUGUUUGAAUGAGCAUAAUUGCACAAGUUUUAUAUUUAAACUCGUGGCAUUAAUUGUAUAUUGAGUUCCCUCAAUAAAAAGUAAAUUGUAAAACGUGUCUCUAGAUUAAUACAGUAAUCUGGCCCCCUGGUAUGAAGGAGAAAAAAUGCUGGCCCUCAUCAUUAUGAAAGUUGCCCAUCCCUGGUCUGGACCAUGGUGUUGGAGAGGUUGAACUGGAAGAUACAGAUUCUGUUGGCAGGCAUCUUUUAUAUACAUAACAAGCUGAUUUAGGAGUACUUUCUUAAAGUGACAGGACUAAUCUGUGGUCCAUAUAGGCACAUAACCAAUCUGUGGAGCCAGAAUUCUUGCUAGUUGGUAGGGGAUCAAAUACUUAUUUCACUGACUGAAAUGCAAAUCAAUUUAUAACCUUUAUAUAACAUUUUUUUCCCCUGAUUUUUUUUAAUAUUCUGUGUCUAUCAGUUAAAAUAAACCCACCAUAAAAAUUAUAGACCCUUCAUUUGUUUGUAAGUAGGCAAACUUACAAAAUCAGCAGGGGAUCAAAUACUUAUUUCCCUCACUGUAUGUAGAACACAAGCAUAAAAAAGACUGAUGGAAAAAAUCUAUUUGCCAUCACCUAGGCCACAUCCUAGACCCCUUGUCCUUUGGGAAAAAACACAAAAUUAUAAUACAAUUAUGAUGUAAGAUAAGAGCGUAAAGGACAAAUGUAUUGAUAAUAAUUGUGACAGAAUUCCCUUUGUCUCAAGUUCUCGACCAUAAUUUUAGCUAUUCUUUGUGUUGCCUUCAGCCUUGGUCCGUGGCAGCUUCAUAGACUACUAGCCUAGUUCUAUGAUGCUAAUAGCCAGGAAAUGACUGUUUGGUACUGUGAUUGUCAAAACAUUUUAUAACAGAAUUUCACUGCUUUCAAUUUUAGAUUAACUUUAAAUUUUAAGCACAGACCAGACAGGGACAUGUCAUUCAUUAUACAAAGGUUGUAGACACUUGGGAGAUCUUGUCAAAAAGAGAAAACUAAGAAAUAAAGAGAUAAUUAAUUAGGCAAGUCAAUUUACUUGGAAUUACAUUACAUUACAGUUUCUCUCGAUUGCAUAAACACAUUUCUUGAAAUUAUGCCUCGUAUUCUCAAAACAGUAAACACAAAUCCAUAACAUCUCACCCAAUUCCCCAAACAUCCUAUUUUCGGGUCAAAAUGAAGCUCUCUUCUCAAAACCAUUCAAACUGGCUGAAAACCAAACUUUUCCUGCAGACAUGACACACAAGCCCUCAAAAUCACCCACACUGCAACAUGGUCUUAGACACUGGUGAGAUCAAUUCAAAACACUGUUAUUAAAAUCUCUUUGUGGGACUUAAGAAUAAUUUGACAGCUUAGUGUUUAUUAGAAUAUACAACAUAAAAGAGUGCACAUAGAGCAAAGUGCAAGAAUGAGCUUUAGGAAAAAAGGAAGAACAAUAUAAACUGGUCAUGCCAGGCAUUCAGGCGACUUACAGAGACGAUAAAGGAAACAAUACAGUGAAGCGAUUUGUCAAUAGGAGGCAAUGUAAAAAAAAUAUGGCAUCCUCUGCACCUUUGGCCCAAUUUCGUAAAAGUAUUCCUUAUUUUCUGCAUAAAUACAGGACAGAUAAAAAAAGGGUGUACACGUGCUACAGUUUACUGGAUACAGAAUAGUGAAAUUUCUCUCAUAUAUAGAGUGUACUGUAAUUAUACUUUAUGUUUCCUGUAAGUAGUACAAAGCCCAGUAGAUGAUUCUAGGAUGAGCUCCUAUUGAUAUUAUCCUGCGAUUCUGAUUGGUGUGUCAUCAGUUUUGCCACUGAAUGUUUACUGAUGCAUAAAUGUGUUAUUUGAGUUUACAUCUUGACACUUCAGUUCAUUAUAUUGUGUGUUUGUGUUUUCUGAAUGAGAACAUGGUUAAACCUUUGCAAAAUGAGGCUGUUUUUGCGUUGGGUUUGCACAAGUUAGUGUAUUGUUCUGAGAAUGUGUUUAUAGUUGUCAGAAAAUGGAGAAUUGUUUCAUGAAUUGUGUGUUAGCAAUCGAGAAAAACUGUAAAUGUAUUUAUUCCUAACCCUAUCCCUAAUAAAAUGCUGAA